AUGGUGACCGUUGCAAUUAUCGGGGCCGGCCCAGCAGGUCUUGUUGCCGCAAAAACACUGCUCAAGUCAUCUGCCAAAGAUUCCAUCUUCAAAGUCACAGUAUUCGAGCAGGGGACCGACGUUGGGGGUCUCUGGGCUGUGGAAUCAAAUCCCAAUGGAAUCAUCAAUCCUGAAAUGCAUACCAAUCUUUCGCAGUUCACAGUCUGUUUUUCUGAUCUUGCAUGGGAUUCGGUGGAUAUGCAACCUCCAGCUACCAUAUAUCCUAAAGCGUGGCAAGUCCAUCGAUACUUGAAGGAAUAUGCUGCGAGAUAUAUUCCAGCUGGUAUCAUUGCUUUCAAAACCUACGUCAAAGUGAUUGAACACAUCCAAACUUCUCCAGAGGAGGAGACCAAGAAAUGGAAAAUUACAAGCAUCGCGCUCGAAGGGGGUACUCCCAUCGAAAAGAUUGAGAUAUUCGACUACCUGAUCAUUGCAUCUGGAUUUUUUUCCCAGGCGAGAAAAAUUCCAUUUCCAUACACCAAGCUGAUUCAAAAACAAGAAAGCCAACCAUCUACCAUCCUCCACAGCUCUCAAUACCGGCAACUUUCGGAUCUCUCACCCACCCAUCCAGAACCCUUGCCAGGAGGAAAAAUUCUCAUAAUCGGGGGCUCCCAUUCCGGCGCCGAAGUAGCCUCUCUAAUCGCCAUGCACAUAUCCGACGCGCAGUAUUCACCUUCUGGAACGGGGACUGGGACUGGGACUUCCCCGCCAGAAAUCAUACACGUGAUGCCUCAUCCCCUCGUUUCCAUACCGUCAUUUGUUCGCAGCGGAAAUGAAAAACUCCCUUCAUUUGUGCCAUUGGAUUCGCGUCUGUACGAUCUCUCUUCGCGACCGGAGGGACCCAUUUCGUUUACUUUUGGACUUUCGAAUCCGGAGAAGAGGAAGAAGUUGAGAGAGACGCUUAAUAUGCUCAUGUCUGGGACAGUGGAUGUAGAGAAUGACGAUGGAUCGAGAGAGAGCGAUGGAGUUGAUUUGGGAGCUCCGUAUGCGGUUGUAGGUGACAAGUAUGCGGAAUUUAUUAGGUCUGGUGCGAUUAGGCAAGUGUUUGGUCGGAUCACUCAGCUUGAACAGCAAGCAAAUAAAAAUCUAAUGCUCGCAACCAUUGAAUCGCAAUCCAAGCAAAUCAAAAUAGAUGAGAUCGCAGCCGUUGUGUACGCGACGGGAUUUUCCACCUCACCAGCGUUGAAUUUCCUCCCAGACGAGAUUAAAGAAAGUUUAGGCUACAAUGCCUCAUAUCCCCGUCUUCCUUUACUGUUAAGUGAAGAUUGUAUGAGCAGCUCUAGAGAUUCACCCAGCAACUUGGCACUCAUGGGAUUUUUCGACGGUUCCUAUUGGGGAAUUUUGGAGAGUCAAGCGCGCGUGAUCGCGAAGAAAUGGGGGGCACAAGGCAAGGAGCUUUCUUCUGCUACUCAGGAUCAUGAUGGAACAGAUGAGGAUAGUUCUUCGAAACUCCGUGUUUUUAUGGAAGAACUGAGGAUUUUGAUGGAGAAAGACCCAUCAUCCGUCCCCCAAAAUUUCUUCAGUGAUUACCCCGGCUUAAUGGAAGAAACCUCUCGAAAACUAGGGCUUCAGAAAAUAAACCUAUCAUGGAGCGAAAGAGAAGGAAUGGUAAGUCCAGCUCGCUACAUCGAAUCACAGUGUACUUCCAUCGAAUCCGAAAAAGCCAUGCAAAAACUACAAAAAACACUCCAAGAUUCGCGGGACGGAAAAGCCAUUUUCGCUAAAUCUACUUUUCGUGGCCUCCAAGGAAACUGGAAGGCCUUCCACACCAACCCCGAAUCUCUCGAAUCCUCUCCUAAGAGCUCGAGCGCGAGCGCGUUUCAUCCCCGCUACCCAACAGAUACAACUUCAGAUCUCGAGUAUCUCUGCAUCGCACAGUGUCAAGAACCCAGCCCUCCAAUCCCUCGAACCAUCUACCGCCUCCGCGAAAGCGCAAAUCAAAUCGAGAUUUGGAGUGUAGAUUCGACAGGCGGAUUGGCAGCUGAUAAGAUAUGUUAUAUUCUUGAUUUUAACGAUGGAAUCGUCGAGGAUCAGACAGAUGUGAAUCGAGUUACUGUUGUAGCUAAAGGGAUUCCUGAUGCAGAUUUGAGACGGAAAAUUAUAUACUCAUUCUGUUUUGCGGGAGUGGGGAUUACAGAAUUCAAGAUUGAGUAUUUUGAUGAGGAGGAUGUUAAGAUUGAUUCUGGGUUUCAUUUUGUGAGAUGA